AUGUUCGAUCCAUCUGACAAAACCACGCCAGGAAGAUAUGGUCCCUCACAAACGGCACUCCUCCUUUUGGACUUCCACGCCUUCUUCGUGAGGAGCCUCGGCACGCCCAAUGCCAGAAAGGCACUCGGAACCGCCAGCCAGCUGCGAAAUUGGGCAAAGUCUCAAAAUAUCAAGAUCAUUCACUGCCUCAUCGACACUCACGCACCGCCGUAUGAAACAUGCAAAGACACAGCCCGAUUCGUCAACCAUUUGCAAGCACUCAAUGCGAACGGUGCCGAAGAACCGUCUGAAUUAACCGAUGGGAUGGAAGACGAUGAGGUCACCUUCCUUCGAGUCCCGGGUUAUGUCUCCGCGCUGAGGUCAAUUGGCCUCGAGAAGUUCCUUCGGGAGCACGGCAUCAAGUCGCUGAUUCUCACUGGGCUCAGUACUUCUGGGUGUGUCAUGAGGACCGCAUUGGCGGCGACCGAUGCGGAGUUUGUGGUCACGGUUAUCUCGGACGGGUGCGCUGAUCGAGAGGAGGAAGUACAUGAGUUUGUCCUGGGAAAGAUGGUCAACAACCGGGGAUAUGUGACAACGGCCACGGAGCUCAAAGAGGGAUUUUCGAAGGUGAUCGCCAGAAGGUAG